AUGGAAUGCAAGCCAACAUUCCUCCAUGGCACCAUUGAAGUCACCAUCUUCGAUGCUACACCUUACAUCCCUCCAUUUCUCCUCAAUUGCAUACCAACACAUGGGAGCCCAACUUAUGUGACAGUGAAAAUAGACGACAACAAGGUGGCUAAAACCAGCCACGAAAGGGACCGAGUUUGGAACCAAACCUUCCAAAUCCUAUGUGCCCAUCCCUUGGAUUCAACCAUCACCAUCACCAUGAAGACCAAGUGCUCCAUCCUCGGCAAAAUCCACCUCGAAGCACGCGAGAUCGCUACGGAGACCAGCUUCAUCAAUGGCUUCUUCCCGCUCUCCAACACGACGGAGAGCGAAAAGAAGAAGAGGAAGCCAGCCGCGAGUGAUCCUGAGCUGAAGCUCAGGUUUAUGUUGUGGUUCAAGCCGGCUCAGCUCGAGCCGGCUUGGAGCCAGAUAGUCAAUAGUGGUGGCAAUGGAGGGUUUCAAGGGCUUAGGAAUGCAUCUUUCCCUCUGAGAUCAGAUUGUGGGGUGAGGCUUUAUCAGGAUGCUCAUCAUUGUGGCGGUUUUCAGCCUCCGCCUGAGCUUUGUGGGCCGCCGAGGAAUUUAUGGGAGGAUGUCUAUAAGGCCAUUGAUGAUGCCAAGUAUUUGGUCUACAUUGCUGGUUGGUCCUUCAACCCUAAUAUGGUGCUUGUUAGGGACCCUGAAACAAUGUUACCACAUGCUAGAGGAGUGAAGCUAGGCGAAUUACUAAAAGCAAAAGCAGAGCAAGGAGUAGUCGUGAGAGUUUUAAUAUGGGACGACGAAACUUGCCUUCCUUUGAUUAAAAACAAGGGCCUAAUGGGAACACACGACCAAGACGCCUUGGCCUACUUCAAACACACAAAAGUAAUAUGCAAGCUCUGCCCUAGGCUACACCACAAAUUCCCAACUUUCUUCACACACCACCAAAAGACCCUCACCCUCGACUCCCCGAUUGCAGGAACAAUCGGGGAUCGAGAGGUUGUCUCCUUCGUUGGAGGCCUGGACCUCUGCGAUGGAAGGUUUGAUACGGAGCAACAUUCGUUGUUUCGUACCCUGAACAAUGAGUCGCAUUGCCAGGACUUCUACCAGACUAGUAUAAAUGGGGCUAGUAUGGUAAAGGGAGGCCCUAGAGAGCCCUGGCAUGAUGUCCAUGCUUGUGUUUUGGGAGAGGCUGCUUGGGAUGUGUUGAGGAACUUUGAGGAGCGAUGGGGGAAGCAAUGUGACCCUUCUUUGUUGGUUCCCACUUCCUCCUUGGCACAUCUUAGAGCUCCACCAACUAAUGUGAAUGGCACAUUAGAUUCAUCAAACCCUAUGAGGAACUGGAAGGUCCAAGUGUUCAGGUCAAUCGACCAUGUGUCAACAUCCCAACUACCCCGUAACCUAAGAAUCGAGCGGAGCAUCCACGAGGCCUACGUGGAGGCAAUAAGGCGCGCCGAAAGAUUCAUCUACAUUGAGAAUCAAUACUUCAUAGGAGGGUGCCACAUGUGGGAACAAGAUCGAGGUUGUGGGUGCAGGAACUUGAUACCCAUCGAGAUUGCAUUGAAGGUGUCUCAGAAGAUCAGGGAGAGACAGAGGUUUUCGGUUUACGUUGUGAUUCCGAUGUGGCCGGAGGGCUGUCCCGAGGGCGAAACUGUCCACGACAUUUUGCAUUGGACAAGGAUGACAAUGAGCAUGAUGUAUAGGAUGAUUGGGGAAGUUUUGCAAGAAUGUGGGGAGCAAGGACAUCCUAGGGACUACUUGAACUUCUUUUGUCUUGCUAACAGGGAAGUGGAGAGUGGAAAAGAGUUUGUUCCUCCUUACUCGCCUCGUCCUUCGACGCAAUAUUGGUUUGCUCAAAAGCAUAGAAGGUUCAUGGUUUAUGUCCACUCCAAGCUCAUGAUAGUGGACGACGUCUACCUAUUGAUAGGGUCAGCGAAUGUAAACCAAAGAUCGAUGGACGGGAGACGAGACACAGAGAUUGCCAUAGGAUGCUACCAGCCUCAACCUCGAGUGAUCGACCCUACUCCUAACGACGUUCUAAAGUAUAGAAUGUCGUUAUGGUACGAGCACACCGGCGGGAUGGCAGAUGGAGACUUCUUGAACCCUGAGAGCCUCGAAUGUGUGAGGAAGGUUUGCUCCAUAGGAGACCAAAUGUGGGAGAUUUACAGUGGCGAUGAAGUUGUGGACAUGGGAGGAGCCCACCUGGUGAGUUACCCUGUCAAUGUGACCAAAGAAGGUGGUUUGGAGGACCUAAAUGGUGAGGGAGAGAACUUUUUCCCUGAUACGAAGACUCCCGUGGGAGGAAGGAGGUCUAAGAUGUUGCCCCCAAUAUCCACCACCUAAGUUGCCGUGAGUGGUGUUCACUCAAGGGAUUGAGACUCAUGUUGGAUGUGUAAA